UCAAAAUGACUCAAGCAUGGACAUACCCAAUGGGAGUAACGCUGCCAAAUCCAGGUUUGGAGCAGACACAAAAUAGGCUUAGAGCUCUUCGUGCUCAGACGGAAGAUACCGAGGUCAAGGAUUUCGUCGAGAAUAUCCCACAAUUCGUCCGAGGAAGUCGUCUAAAAAACCUGGAUCCUGAAAAACGAGUCAAAUACUUGAAAGCAUUGAUGGAUCUGAAGGGGUGGGAUGAUAAUAAAGAGAACUUGAUUCGACACACACAGCGAACUGUCGUUUUUAAAAAUUUGCUGAGCUCAGAGGAAGAUAUUGCGACGAAAGAAGUCAUAUUAGACAACUUAUUCGCAUUUUGCCCCAAACACCUGUUGAAAAUACAUCGCCUGAUGCUCUUGGAUUGGCUUGUUCGCUACGCUGAACAGCUAGAAAGCCUGACUUUGAGAACGGAAGUGCCAUUGGGUGUGGUUGCUCUGGAAGAUAGCGGAGUGGCUAGUAUUUGCCAGAUGAAAAUGCUCAACAAGCUGGAAUUGUGUUCAGUCUACUAUUCAGACGUGAUAAAAAUCUGCUCGACGCUGCGGCAGCUGACGCAUAUUGAUGUCACCAUCGUGUCCACAUGCGAAGGCUUGGAAGGGGACCUCAACAAAUUUUACAGCUCCUUUAGCCUGCUGAAAGUUUUCCUUUUCCGCGCCAUUGGAGCUUGUUCCUGCUCACCCCAUUAUUCAACUUUUGAAGACCACCUCUACGGUCUGUGCGUCAAAUAUUUGCCAAAUAUUGAAGUCGUCAGAGAAUAUGCUGAUAAUGCCAUGUGCAAGAGCCAGAAUAUUUUGAAUUUUCCGAGACUCACCUCGGCGCUUAAGCACUUGAGCACUAUUCCCUCUGAAUAUGAUUGGAGCUCCAAAUUCCCUGACGUCACUCAUCUGAAGUUUAUAUUAAUUUUUGAUCCAGGAGACGUUAAAAUUGGCCAAUCCCGAUCUUGUGAAGAAACAAAUUGA